UCACCGGGCGAGACUAGAGGGCCGGGAGCGAGCGGCCUAUAGCGACAGCGACAGCCAGCAGCAAGCAGCUAGCAAGAACACGCGCGCGCGCGAGAGAGAGGGCCGGGCCUGGCCGGGAAUAAAGCGAGCGAGCGAGCGAACGGCAUCCAUGGCCGACCACCACGGGCAGCAGCCACCGGGGGGCGGCGGCGGGGGCGGCCACGGGGAGGAGAUCAAGGAGCAGGACCGGCUGCUGCCCAUCGCCAACGUCGGGCGCAUCAUGAAGCAGAUCCUGCCGCCCAACGCCAAGAUCUCCAAGGAGGCCAAGGAGACCAUGCAGGAGUGCGUCUCCGAGUUCAUCAGCUUCGUCACCGGGGAGGCCUCCGACAAGUGCCACAAGGAGAAGCGCAAGACCGUCAACGGCGACGACGUCUGCUGGGCCUUCGGCGCCCUCGGCUUCGACGACUACGUCGACCCCAUGCGCAGGUAUCUCCACAAGUACCGCGAGCUCGAGGGCGACCGCGCCGCCGCCGCCGCCUCCUCCCGCGGGGGCGGGGCUCCCCCGGACCACGCCUCCACCUCGGGAGGCCCCGGCGCCGGGCCCGGACCCAGCGGCGGCAGCGGUCAUUUCAUGUUCGGCGCCAUGGACAGGAGCGAUAACAGCAGCUCCAGGCCCUUUUAAUCCAUCUUAUCAAUUUGCUUCUUGUCCAAGAGUUCAUCAAUUUCUACUCAUUUUUGGAGAGGUAAGUCGUCCAACGUAUCCAAGCCAAGCUCAUAUACCUCAUUAAUUAAUGGUAGUGUGGCAGCAGUAGCUAGCUAGAGUAGUUAUUAGUUGUUCCUGCUUUGAUUUGAUCUGGGCCGGGGUGUAUUAUUGUUGAUGAAUUGAAGAAGGUGGGGAUCUAUCGAUGAAUGGCUACUGCUGUGAUGUUGAGGUAGCGUAGAUCGAUGGGAAGGAACAGGCUAGGAUAUAUAUGAUGAUCGGUGAAGAUGGAUGGAGAUCGGAUCGAGGUGUAUGUGACUGGAUGGACUGCGCACAUGAUCGAUCGAUUCGUUCAUUCGGUCUGAUUUAAUUGGCAUCGAUCAGAAUGUUAAUUUGCAUUGUCUCUGCACAUUGUUACGUAGCUUAAUUUCAGUUGAUUUUUGUAGCCGGCCCGUAAGAAUAAUAUUAUUCUAGAUUCAAAAGCUAUUGAUGCUCUUCUUGGCUCGUAAUUCUUUCUUGUUCAGUCA